GACAAGCUCCAGCGGUGGAGGAGAUUUCAGCGCAGGUGUCCUUGCGUGUGCGUCUCUUUUCCUUUUUUCCCCCCCUUCCCCUGACACCUCGGAGACAAGACACGAACCGUAAGUAGCCUAAGACUGUUGAGGAGGAAUCAAAGCUGAUAAAAUAAUAAAUGUUUGAUCUGCCAUGAAAUCCGAAAAGAGCAGCAGAGGAGAGAUAUGCUCGUCUGGAUGAGAGACCCCCGCUGGGUGAAGACACGCAGCGUAUGUUAGCUGAGCCGUGAAAGCUCGCUGCCAUUGACUGGAGCUCACGCUGAAAUGGGGGGCAAAACGCUGAAAACGAAGCGCAGGAGUGUGAGAAUCCUCAAGCAAAACAUCGCAUCACUGACCAUUUCGAGGUAUUCUACAUCAUUUACAGAUUAGCAGUCCGCGAUAUUUGCCUCUGUCUGGACGUUUCCACUCGAUGCUUGAAGGGUACCGGCAUUUAUGUCGCCAGUCAAAUUCCAUUUUUUCAUUGUGCAGAUGUGGUCUGCAGGAAGAAUAAGGCCUGUUAAGUGGGUGAAACGUUCAGGGAUUAAUCGCUGAUCACGGUGAUGGACGAAUCAGUGCAGAACAUCAUUACAGGCUACUCAAACAUGAGUCUCCUGGACUGUGUUCACAUGUAGUGGAUGAUAUAUGCCAUGUUAGGUGAGAUGCAUACGAGAACAAUGUCAGACGUAUGUUGGCUGCUGCACCUGAAUGAGCUGGAUAAUAGCGGCUUGUUGUUGUGACAUCCUGAAAAGCAAACAAAGCCGGGGCUGGUCUUCUCUCCUCUAACUGUGCUGAUGAAGAUGGGACCAAGUUGACUUCGUGUCAGCACUCUGCCGGAUGUGAGGCCACGCGGGUACUCGUUGGCCGUCCUGUUGGAACAACAAUGCCAAGCUCUCAGGUUUCCGGUAUGGGCACUAAUUGCACUGACGUUCCUUGGGAGCCUGGCGUCACCAGCUCCAGUCAAGACCAAGCCUGGUCCUCCACUGCUAACAGUGUGGUGAAGAUGGUGCUCAUAUCUCUCAUACUGUGUGUGUCCUUGUUUGGGAAUGUGGUGGUUCUGUUGGUGUUCCAGAGGAAGCCUCAGCUCCUUCACGUGGCCAAUCGCUUCGUCCUCAACCUCCUCUUGGCAGACCUACUCCAGACCAUAUUAGUCAUGCCCUUUGCCAUUGCAGCCACCGUGCCAGGUGUGUGGCCCCUGGAUGCCCGACUGUGCCAGGCCCUGGUGGUGCUCAUGCACCUUUUUGCAUUUGCUGGAGUCAACACGAUAAUAGUUGUUUCUGUGGAUCGCUACCUGGCCAUCAUCCACCCUCUGUCCUAUCCCACACGUAUGACCCCUCACCUGGGCACCAACCUGAUCAUCUGCACCUGGGUGCUCAGUUUACUGCAGAGCACUCCUCCCCUUUAUGGUUGGGGGGCCAUUGACUUUGACCACCAUCACAAUAUGUGCUCAGUGGUGUGGUCCUCCAGCCUGUCGUACUCUGCUGUGGUAUCCACUUUCUCCUUUUGGCUGCCUGUGCUCAUCAUGCUCGGAUGUUACUGGAUGGUGUUCAGAGCAGCUCGGAGGCAAAACGCACUUGUGCACCCCAUACGGACACAAUCCUACUCCCAGCCCUGCCCUCAGGACUUCCAGGGACCUGGCAGUCCACAGCGGCAGCCCCAGCCUCAGUCUCAGCAGGCCAGUUCACCUGAUGGACCCUACACAGCCAGGGGGUACCCCGUUCGAGUGAGGCACAGACGUUUCCACUACCACUGCAAAGCAGCUCGUGUAGUUUUUGUAAUUAUGUCUUCAUAUAUCCUCAGCAUGGGGCCUUACAGCAUACUGAAUACAAUAUCUAUGAGUCCCGGAACAGUUGUACCCCCUUGGCUGUCCUCUGUUGCCCUUGUGCUCUUUUUUUUGCAGUGCUGCCUCCACCCGUACAUUUACGGUUACAUGCACCGUAGCGUGAGGAAGGAAUUCCUAGCUUUGCUUUGCGGAAUCUUCUGCAAGCAGGGCCGUCCCAGGCAGAGCUCUGCUGUGGAAAGCUGUUUCACAACUACAGAGGGCCGUUUUGUCGCCCACUCUCAACUGCCCAGCAUGACCGCUCGAGUCUUCCCUCUGCGGACUUGGGAAGAGUGCACAACGUCCUCCUCUCCCACCUGCGAGAGGAAGUUGAGGGACAGCCGUAAAGAGACGACCUCCACCAGUGUCAGCUCUGAGAGGGAACUCACAGUCCACAGCAAGUGAAGCACGUGAACUGCCUCGAGGACACAUCGGAGAGGCAGUAUGUGCUCUUACUUGAAGAGAUUUGUAUACAAUAUAUACACAAUUAAGUUAGUAUACCCUCUUAACAGCAGAAUUGUGCAUUCUGCAUAAAGAAUGGUGGUGUUACUGACUUGAUCACCAACAUAAUGAUCUUUUACUGCUUUGUAAUAAGUUUGACUGAAUGAUUUACUCAAGAUCAAAUGUAUCUUGGUCCAUUCAUUGUUGUAUUAAGAAUGUGUAAUAUACUGUCUGUGCAAAAGAAAUCCAAAACAAUGACUGUUCCUUUGCUUUGCAUCAAAUUUUGUAAAAGAGAUUCGUGUUUGAGUCACACGAGUCGUAUAAGUUAAAUGUACUGAAUUGCUGUAGCUAUUGUUAUAAAAAAAAAAACUGGUAUUUCAGGAAAUAAGGUGAUUUAUUUGUCCUUGUGGAAUCCUGG